GAUCCUCAAGAUCAAGAAGCGCCAAAUCUCUGGAGAAGAAAACUGCUGAGUGGACCCAUGGCUGCCAAAGACCUCAUCAGAGCUACCAGUAGCUUAACCAAGGCAUCUCAAUGCAGAGAAGACACUGCAAUCCUCUCUAAAGCUCAUGCCAACUGGGAAGAGUACCUUACUCCAGCACCAAUGUCAAUAGCCUUCCUGGGUGAGCUAAUCUUCAUCUCCUCCAAACAAGACUUCUCUAUCAAGGCUGGAGAACCUACUGGUGGAUUCAUGUUCAUAAAAUAUCCUGAUUCAUUUCGUGCCUGCCUCCUGCAAGUGUGCAAUUCAGGUUGGGAAGCCUUUAACGAAGCUCACAAAAGCAUGGACCAGAUUCGCUUGCACACACAAAAUGUGCCACCCUAUAUCAAGGCAGCUGUAGAAAUACUUGUCCAGAAUGAUGAUGUUCUUGUUAAAAGCCUUCUUCCUGACACCUUAGAUAGCAUUAACAACAUAUCAGCCAGUUGUGUGGAACUGGCCAAAUCUGUUGAAAAUAAGUUUGCUUAUGUUACUAAAUUGAUUUCAGAGCUUUUAGAGACGUGCACAAGUGCAAAACAGAGUUAUGGCACAAAAAUGAAAGAGGUUAGAAAAAUGCUGGAAUACCAAAAGUUACAGAAAGAGAUACUUGAGAAGGAAAAUGAACUAGCUGAAAAAGAGUAUGUGAAACUACAGAAGUUGCAGGAUAAGACUUACGAAGAUUUCAAAAAGGCCAUGGACUCACUGCCAUCAGGAUGGGAUAUGAUUGGAAUGAACUUUGUCGAAGCAAUCAACAAUGUCUUGAAUAUUCCAUUACAAUUACCUUCCCUUGCAGCAACCAUAUUAACACCGACAUCUGUCAACAAUGUUUUGACUGCUGCAUUUAAAUUGCCUUCCCUUUCAGCAUCCUUAUUUAAAAAGACAUUGAAAAAUCCUAUUAACACAUUUGCAACAAAUGAAGUUCUUUGCCAGUCUCCUCUGCUUCUUGUUACUGCCCAAACCUUAGAUGGCUUCAUUCAGAAGGACAAAAUUGAAUGGUCAAAGGUUGUAGAUGAGAAGACAGGAACAAUGACAACUGAUUGGCUCGUGGAACAAAUCGAAAAUCUGCUGUCAAGCAUAGAACAAGCAGACCAAUCUCCCACAAAGACUCAGGCUGAGCAAAUGUGUCAACAGAUCAUUACCAUUUGUGCUGACCUAAGUUCAAUGGCUCUUGAUGGCCAGCAAGACAAUGGCACCAAGAACAAAAAAGUGAUCAAACAAAUUAAAAAGGUAAUGAACUCUGCAAUGAAGUUUGAUUGUUCAGCCAAAAAAAUCACACAAACGUCUGCCUUACCAGUUACUAGCCCUGGAAUGAGCAAAGUUCAAAGUUCAAGCUCAGGAUCAGCAGGUCAGAUGGCUUCAGAAAAUGCCCGCUUCCGUAUUGAGCAAAUGAAAGCCCAGUUUGAAAAUGCCAGUGAGAAAUACGAAAGGUCUCUGGAAAAAAUGGAGGAUAAGCAAAGAGGGCUAGCUGAAAUUCUCAACAAAUUGAGAAACUCUGAAGUCCAGGACAUUGAAUUUGGCUCUACCAUCAAAAUGCUAGCUGAAGGUCUACAGGCAAUGGGCAUUCUGCAAGAGAAAUGGCGUAAAAUGGUGCAGUUCUUCCAGAUGAUAUCAAACAUCAUUAACACAUGUUUGAAGACAUCCCUGCAGGAUUUUACCAAAAAGUCUCAGAAUUUAGACCUGAAAUAUGGUUCAAAUUUUUUCUUGAAGGAUAUGAUUUACCGACAGGCAUUUGAAGCUUCCAAUAUUGCAAAUCUGGUGAACAUGAUCUCUGGAACCUACACAGAGAUCUCCAGCGAGUACUUGAUGGACAGAAUCAACAGCCUGGGACGUCUAAUGACUUUGGAUCCCAACGACCCAAGUUUUAAAACAGAACGCUUGGCAUUGGCUGCAUCUUGUGAUGAUGCAGAAAAACAGAUCAGAGCUUGUGUUGUGAAAAAUAAGGAACUUUACAAGAUAAACAGUCAAGCAAGACUUCAGCUUAUUGAAAACGAGCUGAAAUCAAUUUUACCUCCACCAUCUGAAAAGGAAACCAAGGAAAUGCAAAUCAUAGUGGCAUCUGGAUUCAAGGAUGACCGUGGGGAUGUUGAUCAGUUUUAUUAAAGAGCAUUUACCAUAGUCUAAUCAUGUUCACAAAUAUUUCUUUUUUCUAAUUCAGUAUGGUCUAUAAACCAUUAUGGUUUAUUUACUACAGGCUUACUAUAGUUUAUUCUUUAUAAUCUAUUUACCACCGCCUAAUCAUUUUUGUCUAUUUAUAUUCUUUAUUCAUUAUAAUCUAGUUGCUAAAUUCUAUAUAGUAUUGUCUAUUUACCACAGCCUAUUUACCAAAGUCUAUUGUCACAAUCCACCAGAACGUCUUAGCAGUUGCUAAAUCUUUGUCCUGCAAAUAAUUAAAAAUACAGUAAUGAUGUGUGUGACAGAUUUAACAGAUUAUCAUGUACACGCUUUGAUUCAGACCUCACAUUUUACAGUUAUAUCAAAGUGGUCACCAAAACAGCAUUCUACCAUCUUAGAAAUAUAGCAAGAAUUAAGGGCCUGGUGUCCCAAAAAGACCAAGAGAAGCUCAUCCAUGCGUUUAUCUCUAGUAGGGUUGAC